AUGAUGCACCCUUCGCGACAAGCCUACGUCGAGGAGGCGAUGGACGAGGACAGAGGCAUUGCGCUGGAGGAUAUCCCCGUCGACUAUGACUAUGAGAUUCCCUCCGCUUUCGCCGGCGCCGCGCCCGAGAAGACGUCCGCUGUCUUGGCGCAGAUGGAGAGGAAGAAGCUGGCGGCGAGCAUCGCAGUGCCCACAGACGACAACCGAGUGCGCACAAAGCUUAGGGAGAUGGGUGAGCCAGUCACACUAUUCGGCGAAGGCAAGCCCGAACGCAGAGAUCGCCUCCGUAACCUCCUGGUCAUCCAACAGGAGAUGGCGGGCAUCGAGAACGGCGACAUUACCAUGGAGGACGCCGAGGACGAGGACGAGGAGGAGCAGGACGAGGAAUUCUACACGCCCGGCGGCCAGGCUCUACUGCAGGCACGUAUCGACAUCGCAAAGUACUCUUUGCCGAGGGCGCGACGGCGAGUGCAGUUUCAGAAAGCCGAGUCUACGAUUCCCUUGCGCACGCACGUCAAGUUCCGGAAACAGAUCAAGGAGAAGCUGGAGGGCUUCGAGCUUCAGGGCAGUCAGACGGCCGGCGACAGACAUGUCAGCAUGACGAGGUUAUCUCCAAAUGGAGAAGUCGUUGCCGUGGGGAACUGGGGUGGAGGGCUCAAACUCAUCGAGAUUCCGAGCAUGGAGGCGAGGAUGAACCUACGAGGACACACACAAAAGAUCAGCGGUAUCUCAUGGUAUCCAGGGUCUACGCUGCCUGGAGCCAACGUGUCUCCCGACACGGUAAACCUUGCGUCUGGCGGAGCUGAGGGUUUGGUUCACUUGUGGUCUCUGAACAAAGAUACUCCCCUUUCGACUCUGACGGGUCACGGCGGCAGGGUGUCCCGCGUCGAGUUUCAUCCCUCCGGCCGUUACGUGGCGUCAGCUUCAGACGACACGACGUGGAGGCUCUGGGAUGUAGAAACGACUGCGGAGCUAUUGCUACAGGAGGGCCAUUCCAGGGGUGUUUACGCGGUCAGCUUCAAUGCCGACGGCUCCCUCCUGGCCAGUGCUGGCCUGGACAGCAUUGGCCGCAUCUGGGAUCUGCGGUCUGGGAGGACAGUCAUGAUCCUCGAUGAGCACAUCCAGCCGAUAUACGCGCUUGACUGGGGCUCCGACGGCCACAGGGUGCUGUCGGGAUCGGCAGACGGCUGGGUAAAGUGCUGGGACGUACGCAAAGUGCAGAGGACGGCGAAUCUCGGCGCGCACGCAAAGGCCGUUUCGGACGUGCGGUGGUUCCGGGGCCUGGACGACCCCAUCGACGGCAAUCCUCCGGGCGCCGACGACAAGGGCGCGCAGCAACCAAAGAAGGCCGGCACGUUCUUCGUCUCUGGCGGGUUCGACGCCAAGAUCAAGAUCUUCUCGGCCGACAACUGGGGCCUGGUGCAGACGCUCAGCGGGCACUCCGGGCCGGUCGCCAGUGUCGACGUGAGCAGGGACGGGAAGUGGAUCGUCAGCGGAGGCCACGAUCGGACGGUCAAGCUCUGGGGCCGUAAUGAUGGCGAGGGAGUUUAG